UCUCUCUCUCUAAAGGUCGAGUGAGAAAGAGAGAGACACGGUCAGUUCGGCCGUAGAAUGAGAAAAAGAAUCAGCUCCUAUACCAUGAGAGAUCCGCGCUGUCCACGCCAAUAGACCGAUAAGAACGAAAUGGAUCAGUCGCCCCUCAACACGCAGCCCUCGUGUCGCCGCCCCACAACCGUUUCAAACCCAUUAACUCCCUCUCUCUGUAACCAGAGGCGUUUUCUCUCUCUAAAAUGGCGUUGAUAGGAGGAACAAGGAGGAUCAGAAGAGAGAGAAGAAGAAGAUGGUAAGGAAGUCGAUGGGGAAAUUACUGGUUGCCAUGGAUUUCAACUGGCGACUCGUUCUCUUCGUCCUCAUGCCCCUUUUCCUCUUCCUCAUCCUCCUCUACUCAUUCUCUCUCUCUAACGCCAACAAUCCAUUCUUUCUCUCUCUAAAACGUAACCCCUCAUGGAACCCCAAGGGCGCCCAGAACCACCCUCCGCCGGUGCCAAGAGAGAAGAGCGAGAAGAUGAGUGAGAAAGAAGAGAAGAAGAAGAGAGAGAUAGGGAGAAUCGCGAUCUGCUUGGUGGGUGGAGCGAGAAGGUUCGAAUUGACGGGUCCUUCUCUUUUACAGAGAGUGAUUGGGGUUUACAGAGAGAAUUCAGAUAUUUUUGUGCACGCCCCACUUGACAAAAACUCAUACAAGCUCUCAUUCCUUAGACGAGCUCCACACAUUGCAGGGGUUCGAAUAUUUGAGCCCCAACCAAUACCAGAGACCAUAGAGCAAGCUCAGGUCCUCACCUCCAAUGGCUCACCCAAUGGAAUACAGGGCCUCUUGCAAUACUUCAACCUGGUGGAGGGCUGCCUGACCAUGAUCGACAAGCACCAGCUCGAGAGCGGCUUCCGUUAUGACUGGGUGGUGCGCACACGCCUCGACUCCUUCUGGUCCGCCCCACUCUCCCCUUCCCAUUUCCUCUCCCGUAAAUAUGUUGUUCCCAUUGGCUCCCAAUUCGGAGGCCUCAACGAUCGGCUCGGCAUUGGUGACCUCGACACAUCGCGCACUGCCCUUUCGCGCCUCUCCCUUAUCCCUACGCUCUACGAAGCAGGCCUCCGAACCCUGAACUCUGAGUCCGCCUUCAAAGCCCAAUUUUUGACAAAAAACAUGAGUUUUGUGAUGCAUACAUUGCCCUUCUGCAUAAUCAGUGAUCGCAGAUACUCGUUCCCUCCCGCAAGAUACGGCGUGCCUGUGGCGGCAAUCGGGAGCAAGCGGCCAUUGAGUGGAGCCAAGUGUAGGCCCUGUAAGCCAGUUUGUAAGGGACCGUGCGUAGGGGAUAUUUUGGGGAAUUUAGAGAGGGGAUGGAGCUGGACGGAGUGGGAGGGCGGGGGGCUGGAGCUUUGCGAUGCUUCGGGAGCGUGGGAGGAGGGGUGGGAGGAGGUGUUCGAUAAGGUGGCCGGGAAGUCCCUUGCGAAAGCUAGGAAGAAGAUCAAGGGGUUGACAGUUGAGAGCUGCGUCGCAGAUUUUGAGGCGAUGAGGAGGAAGGCGGCCGAUUGGGAUUCACCAUCAGUGGAGAGGAUUUGCAGGAUGGGGCUGGAAUAGGUGUGAAGUAAUUUGGAAUUCCAGCAAGUUUUGGGGACUGAUCUUCAAUUUCCGGCGAAGACUCGGGCACUGAUUCAUUCGCUAGUUUUCGAGCACUGAUCUCGAAUUUCUGCACAGCUUUAAGGUUCAAAAUACAAGACUCCAUCAUUUACGUGGAAUGAACAUGGUUGACAUUCUUCUCUCUGAUAAUUCUCUGCGUUUUGUGGGAAAAUUGGUUGCUUAAUCUCUGCAUAAGCGUUGAUUUGAUUCAGGUAUGCCCCUUCUUUAGAGAAAAAUCUGUCUGCUUCCUUUUGAUUCUUAAUUAGGCAAUUAACUUCAAAGUUCAAUCUCCAUAUGUGUUUCACUUCAAAGUUCAAAGUUCUAUCUGAUUAUUAUUUUUGGCAGUCAACAAGAUUAGAUUUUUUUAUUUUUAAUGAGAAAAUAACUUCAGUAUUCACCUGUCUGUCUCAAGGAAGCGUAUUCUUUUUUUUCUUUUCAGUGAACAAGAUUAAAUUAUGUUUGAUUUUUAAUUAGACUAACUUCCAAGGUCGAUACCCAUGUGUCUCUCACUUUCCUUUCGAGGAAUAUUUUCAAAUGAACAAGAUUGGAUUCUUCUUGUCAAAAAAAAUUGGAUUAUGUUU